CAGCUAGUAGGUGACGUAAUCAAUGAGGAAUGCUCUCCAAUGCAUUUUACAAAUUGAUUUCUUCUUCUUCCUUCAAUAAAUUCUCUUAUCUUCUUCCUUCCUUCUGCAACUCCCAAGCUGUAACAAUGGCGUCUGAAAACGAGCCGCCGGCGCACGUGGUUAUCUUCCCUCUCCCCGCCCAAGGCCAUUACAACUCUAUGCUCAACCUCGCCCAUCUCCUCUGCCUCUCCCGCCUCCACGUCACCUUCGUCGUCUCCGACUUCUACCACCGCCGCCUCCUCCGCCACGCCGCCGUCCACUCCAUCUUCUCCGCCUACUCCGGCUUCCGCUUCCUCCCCCUCCCCGACGGCCUCUCCGACGAUCACCCCCGCGUCGGCGGAAAAGCCCUCGAAAUCAUCUCCGCCGUCGCCGCCACCAUGGCGCCGGCGUUCAAGAACGUCAUGGUCAACGACGGCCUCCUCGCCUCCGCCUCCCGCCGCCGCGCCACCUGCAUCGUCGCCGACGGGAUUCUCGACUUCGCCACCGAUUUCGCGGCGGAGACCGGAAUCCCGCUCAUUUCUUUCCGCACCUCCGGCGCCGCUUAUUUCUGGACUCUUUUCCGGCUGCCGGAGAUCAUCGCCGCCGGCGAAACCCCCAAAAACGAAAAUGACGCCAUGGAUGAACUCAUAAUGAGCUUGCCGGCGAUGGCCGGAAUUCUCCGGCGCCGGGACCUCCCGCGGUUUUACAAUCCGGUGUACGCCGACGACCCCUCCGUGAAACACGUUAUAACCGUCACACGGCAAUCGGUUCGAGCACAAGCGGCGAUAAUGAAUACAUUCGACGAUUUGGAAGGCUUGAUAGUGUCCGAGAUUCGCAAGCAAAUCCCGAGAACCUUUACCCUCGGCCCAAUCCACGCCCACUUGAAGUCGAGACUCGUCGAGACCAAUUCUGGAUCCUCGAGUUCAUCGGGUAGUUUUUGGGCCGAGGAUUGGAGCUGCAUUGAUUGGCUGGACUUGCAAGGCAAAAAAUCGGUGAUAUAUGUGAGCUUCGGAAGUAUUACAAUCGUGACGAAGGAACAAUUGUUAGAAUUAUGGCAGGGUCUGAUGAACAGUAAAAUUAGAUUUUUGUGGGUGAUAAGACCUGAUGUGAUUGCCGGUAAAGGCGAUGAAAUUUUGAAGGGAUUAGUCGAAGGUACUAAAGAAUUGGGCCGUUUUGUGGAUUGGGCGCCGCAGGAAGUAGUGCUUAACCAUCAGGCCGUUGGUGGAUUUUUUACGCACAGUGGAUGGAAUUCGACUGUAGAGAGUAUUGUAGCGGGUGUUCCGAUGAUAUGUUGGCCGUAUUUUGCUGAUCAAAUGGUGGUUAGUAGGUUUGUGGGUGAGGUUUGGAAGAUCGGGAUAGAUAUAAAAGACACUUGUGAUCGACAUAUCGUCGAGAAUGUUGUUACGGAGCUUAUGGAAGUCAGGAAGGAUGAGUUUCAAGAACGAGCCGAACAUAUGGCGAAACUUGCCAAGAAGGCGAUUAGUGGAGGGGGUUCUUCGUAUUCUAACUUGGAUGAUUUUAUCGAGUAUAUUAAUUCACUGAUAAAUUGAUUGCCGAUGAAAUUAUGCAAUAAUAAACGAGAAAUACAUUUUCCGAAAGUUUUAAA